CCUGGCGCACCGGAGUAACCUGCUCCCGGGUUGGGCCAGAGCUGCGCAAUCAUGAUCACCGCCGAGGCCGUGGCUGAGUCCGCUGUCUCCGUAGCGCCGGGUGCUGAGGCCGCCACUGGAGUCCCGGAGCGCGAGGAGCCGGUGUGGCCCUGGAAAGAUGCCCCGAUCCGGGCGCUGGUGCAGCGAAUCCACCAGUUGCAGGCUGAGCGCGCGCAGGCCUUCCGCCGGCUGGAGGAGGCCUGAGAGCCAGGGCCGUAGCCUCAGGACCCCCAUCUGCCGCAGAGGCCACAGCCAGUACCUGAGCAGCGGCCCGCCUUACGACUUCCCGCGCUACCGGAGCACGGUACACGAGGUGACCCAGAUCUUCGCCGCCGCCUCGCGGGAGGUGCUGGCGGUGGAGGCCGAGCUGGCUGGACCCCGAGCGCAGCCGCUGCUCGCGAGCCACGUGCGCAGCCUGCAGCAGCUGGAAGAGACGCGCCUGGCCACGGUGGCCCUGCUGCAGCUGAUGGGGGCACCAGAGCUGACUGGGCAGGAGGACACCGUGCAGAUGCACCAACUGAAGAUGAAGGUAAUUAAAACCAUGGAAGCGAUCAGCGAGGUUCUCCAGGACCUCAGGUUUGAUGCGGAGUCUGCCGAGUGAUGGUGGCUCCCCAGGGAUGAGCCGAAGGAGAUGGGAAAUGGAACAGACGGCAUCCGGCCCAGCCCUGACCACCAGCUGGCUGGGGUCUCGCCCCACUGGGCUACUGAUCCUCUUCAAGUUCACCUCACCUCUCACAAUAAAAAACCUAAAGAACCUUU